AACGCGCCCUGCUUAAGUGGCGAGGGCGGCAAUGUGGUGAUCGUGGUGAUCGUGGGGGGCCGAGAAGUCGUGUGGACGCCGCUGUGUCGACUGUUCCUCGUCCUCGACUACUUGGACUACUUGGGGGCGAGGUGAUCGCCGGCAGACUUCACGGCGACCGACUUUAGCGAGGAGGCGCUUUUACCUCAGCGACGCCGUCGAGUCGACGACGCCGUGACGACAAAACGCGACGAUUUUCGCGGGAGCCGACGACUUGAUUCUGCGGUGAUGCCAGAUACGGAGCACUCAGCCCUCACCGCAAGAUGGGCUGGGCACCAGCAGACCGCAGGCGAGCCAGAGAGGGGCCUGCACACCGACCCACAGCCAGAAGCUGUGCAGGAGGCUCUACCCGAGCCUGAGCCAUCUCCUCUCGCCAAGAAAGUGCUGCAACUCAUCCAGCAUCUGCAGAUCAAGACCUCCAAAAACAUCUCAUCCGACUCUCGAUGUCCAAUUAUGCCCAGACGUAAUCGUGAAGGUGAACAACACAAUGUUUUGGACCAAAUGGACCUUCGUGUAGAAGGCAAAGAGAUGUACGCAAAAGGCGACGGAGCCGGCACGGAGCCCUGCGGCCACGCUCGCCUGCGUCUGGACGAGGCGGCCGCGCUGCUGAGCUCCAUGGAGUGCGAGCUGCGCCGGCUGGAGCGCUCGCUGGAGCAGCAGAGCAGGCGCUGCCGCCGGCUGGGCCUCUCCGUCGAGCAGCUGGUGCUCGCGAGCCUACGUGGCGCUCCGGCUGAUGUGCAGAAAGAGCACGACCGGAGCGCCCCCGAGCUGUGCGAGCUGCUCCCUCGGCUCCAGCAGGCGGAACGAGAGGCGCGGACGUGGCGCGACGCGGUCGCUCGUGCCGCCGAUCGCGGCGGCCGCUUCCGCGACGAGCUGGAGGCCGUGCGGAGGCAGUGUCCGCUCGUCGAGGGCAAGAUGCGUGCAGAGGCCGCGGCCGUGGGAGACGUUCACCAUUCGCAGGCGCAGGCCUCCGCGGUGCUGAGCUCCGUGCUGGCCCAGCUCCAAAAGACGGAGGCGCGGCACCACGCCGUGUGUCAGGACGCCGAUCGCCAGCGACGCUGCAUGAGCGAGGAGACCGGCGCUCUGCAGCAAGCGUUGAGAGAGCUACAGACGGAGGUUUCGCAGGCGCGGAGUCUGUUCACCGCGUACGAUCGGAAAAUUGCCGAAUCGAAGAUAAAAAUUGAGGAGAUUGAGAAGAUUCACAAGGCCAUGCAGGAGCAAUGUAAGGAGCUGAACGCGGAAGAGGCAGAGCAGCAGAUGGAGGUGAAGAAGCUUGAGAAUAUACUCAGGAAGCAGGAACGCGAGCACAACAAACUUAGUCAAGACUGCAGCGUCCUGCAAGAACAAAAACAGAACCUGAGACUUCACCUGGAGAUACAAAUCAAAGCACUUGAGAACAAAGAGCAGGUGGACACCAAGAAGCUGCAUCACCUGCAUCAAGAGAACAAGGCUUCCGCUUUGGAACUUAAGAACUUGAGAGGCCAGGCCACCAAAAGUGAGCUGGCGACGGACUCGGCGCUGACAGAGACGCAGCGUUUCCUUGGCGACGUGGCCAAAAUGGCCGCGCAGCAGGAGCAGCUGCCGGUCACGCUUGCCUCCGUGCAGGCCAAGAGGUCGCGCGUCGAGGCCGCCCUCCAGCAGGCUGAGAGGGUCGCGCGGAUGAAGGAGGCCAACCUGAAGAAUACGGUGGAGACAAUGAAGAGAGACCUGGCGCGAGAAGUGAAGGGCAAGGAGAGAGCUGAGGCAGCGUUGGACAGGGGGCGAGCGGAGCUGAAGCGGAGUCGCGCCGAGGUGAAGGGGGAGUGCCGCGCUGCGCAGGCCCGCGCCGCCCACGCGGCCGAGCGCCGCCUGCAGAUGGAGGGCAGCACGGACAGUGAGCGCCAGCAGCACGCGCACAGCCAGCAGAUGCUGGAGUCACUCCAGCAGCAGCUCGGGGAUGUGUCCCUCAAGCAGGCGACCAUGGAACGGGAGCUCAAGGAGCAGACGGCGGGGAUUGAGGUCGCACUGCGAGCCGCAAAGGUGCGGCGGGACGAGGCGGUCACACGAGCGCAGGGCAUGCAGGAGACAGCGCUCGGGCUGCGCGAGGAGCUCGCCCGCUUGCGCCCUUCGCUGCUCGUCUUCGACAAACUCCGCACGAACACGGAGGAGGCCCUGAACCACUUACAGAGCGAGACCGGGGAGCUGCGCGGCCGCUGCGAGGACAGGCGCGCCGUGCUAGCGGCCCUGCGGGACGAGCUGAGCGUGUGCGUCACGCGGAGUCGCGGCUCGCGGACCUCGCACGACGCGCUCGUAACGUCGCGCGCCCGCGUCCUCUGCGAAGCCGAGGCUGCACUGGAGGCAGAAUUGCGGAGUAACUCGACGCUGGCCUGGCAAUAUCGGGAAUUGCAAGAGAAGCACUUGGAGACAAAAGCUCGAACCGCCGCCCUCUGUGAACAGCGACUGAGGCUGGAGUCCGCCGUCCAAGACCACGAGCAGCUCCAGCUACUGCAGGCCCGCAUGCAGGCGUUGCUGAUGCGCUACCUCCGCCACAGAGGCCUGUGUGGUCAGGCCAGCCUCGACGAGCUCCAGGCCCAGUCCUGGAACGAUGCACAGCAGGUGGUGGAGAUUCAGGGGGAUGUAGAGGAGGCUCUGAAGAGAGUCGUCGAGUUCUUGAGAGCUCCUGAUGAGAGCCAGGAGUCGGUGGAACGUGUUUUCAUCACGGCUGAACACGAAACGUCGCCAGCAGAGGGCGGCAACGCAGAGUCCUCGACGCCACUCGGGACACGUGACACCACUCACGCUGACAGCUCAACUGCAUUUAUAACAUAACUCCAUACCUGUCAACUCCUUAUCAGUGCCUACCUUAUUACAGACCAAUUCAGAUCUUAUUGGUCACCCCGUGCCCUUAUAACUCUCAACGUGCAUCCGACAAAGUCCCAUCACAAGGGAGACACACAAACAAAUAGGCAAAAAUGUGAUUUCCCCCCGUAUUGAAACGGCUGUAUGCCGUAUGGAAUUGAAAACCUAAUUUCCCUGUACAAGAAUACGGGAUAAACAAUAUCGUUUGAAAGGUAUGUAACUGCUAAACGUAUUUUUGUUUUACCCGUUAAGGCCCAAUGAGCUGCUCUUUUUCAGAAGCUACCUCACUACAAAUGAUCGCCCAGCGAAGUGGCGUAUAAUGUGGAAAUAUACAGCAGCCAAAUACUCUCAAUACAUGUGUCGAAAUGUGGAGGGGGAAAAUCGGAGGCCCUGGAGAAAAAGCCACGUGAACACGGGGAGAGCAUGCAAAUUCCAAAUACACAGGAGGACCCGGAGAAAAAUUCACGGGGAGAAAGAACACGCAAACUCCAAAUAUAGAGCAGGUGUCAGGGUCGGGAUGGAACCCACGAUCUCCUGUACACCAGGCGAGGGAGUUAACAUCUAGCCACCGUGAUGAUGAUGAGAGAGAGAGAGAGACACGCAAACUCCAAAUAUACAGCAGGCGUCAAGGUCGGGAACGAACCCACAACAUCCUGUAUAUCAGACGAGGUAGUUAACAUCUCGCCACCGUGGUGCCUAUUAUAAUAUAAUAGGCGACGUUUCGGGGCAUGGUCCUUCACAGCACCAUAUGUAGGCCAGAGAAGCUAGUAUCAGCAAAGUAAUUUGUUUAACUUUGAAGACAGAACGUAGUUGAUGAUUAUUUUAGUUGAUCCGUCACAAUCGUCCCAGGUCUCCUCACAUUGUUUGUCCCAAUCAAUGCAGUUUGUUCAUACAUUAGCCAUCCCGUCGUAUAGAAUAUAACCACGGAUUGUUAAUAACUGUGUGAGUCGUAUUAAUAUAUUAAAAUGAUGAUGAUAGACGAAUGAUACUAUGUAAUGUAUGAUAUUACAAGUGAUAUAUCGUGUAUGAUAUGAUACAAAUGUAUAGAUUUUUUUGAAAAUGUGUUUACUGAUGAAACAGCGUAUAAGACAAAAGCCACGGCAGUACCUAGCAAACAUGCAUUCAUAAAUCAUUGUCAGUGAUUAUAGCGGUAUUAUUGAACGCGGUGAAACGUAGUAUUGUUGUAAUUGUAAAUUGAUUAUCAAUGGGGUUACAGUAUAUCAGAGCAAACUAGUUUUUAAAGGGGUACAGUGUCGUCCGGGUAAUCAUGCUGCUAAUAAAGAGACAAGGCGAAA